CCUCGCCCUCUGCCCUUCCCCGCCGCCAUGCCGGGCCUCCGCCGCCUCCUGCCGCUGCUGCUGCUGCUGCUCGCCGCGCUCUGCCCGCCCGCCCGCAGCCUCCGCCAUGGCCCCUCCAAGAUCGCCGUGGUGGGCGGCGGGAUCGGCGGCUCGGCCGCCGCGUAUUUCCUGCGGCAGAAGUUCGGCGGCAGCGUGCAGCUGCACGUGCUGGAGAAGGCAGCGCUGGGCGGGCGGCUGCACACGCUGGACGUGGAGGGGGCCAGCUACGAGGCAGGGGGGUCUGUGAUCCACCCCCUCAACCUGCACAUGAAGCAUUUUGUCAAGGAGCUGGGCCUCUCAGUCGCCUCACCCCAGGGCAGCCUCGCGGGCGUUUACAACGGGGAGGAAUUUGUGUUUGAGGAGAGCAGCUGGUCCUUCAUCAACCUCCUCAAGCUGCUCUGGCACUACGGCCUCAACCCCCUGCGCAUGUCCAUGUGGGUGGAGGACAUCCUGGACAAGUUCAUGAGGAUCUACCGGUACCAGAUGCACGACUACGCCUUCAGCAGCAACGAGCGCCUGCUGCACGCCCUGGGAGGCGACGACUUCACGCGGCUGCUGAACCAGAGCAUCGACGAGGCCAUGCAGAGAGCAGGAUUCUCCCAGAAAUUCAUCAACCAGGUGGUGUGUCCGGCCAUGAGGGUCAAUUACGGCCAAGGGGUCACCAUCAACGGCUUUGUAGGUGCUGUGUCCCUGGCCGGGGUGCAGUCAGGCCUUUGGUCUGUGAAAGGGGGGAACAAACUCGUGUGCUCUGGCCUCAUUGACUCCUCCAAGGCCGAGGUUAUCCCGGGAACAGUCGUGGCCAUCGAGCCAAAAACCAGACACACGCGUGGCGGGCUCACAACCCAGCGGCACAAACGGGUGAACCCCAGUGCGGUGGCACUUUGGGAUGCCAGGGACAGGCGGGAUUCCCUGCCAGCACGGGUCAGGGUGACCGAGCUGCUCUCCGCAGGGGACCCGGUGCAGCUCUACGAGGUCACCUACAACACGUCCUCGGGGCUGACAGGGGACACCUACGACAUCGUCGUCAUCGCGGCCCCGCUCGGCCGCAAGAUGGCCAACAUCACCUUCCGGAACUUCGACCCUCCCAUCCCGGAAUUCCCAAAUCCCUACCACCAGACCGUCACCACCUUGGUGCACGGGCGCUUGAACACCUCCUUCUUCGGCUACCAGGACCCCCAGGCCUUUCACUUAGGGGCCAUUUUCACCACGGACAACCCCAAACUGUUCAUCAGCAGCCUGGGCGUGGUGACCCCCGUGGGGGACGCGGGCACGGGCGGGAAGCUGCCGUUGCCGUCGGUCGUCUGGAAGGUGUUUUCCAAUGAAGAGCUGACCAAGGAGCAGCUCAGUUUGCUCUUCUCCUCCUACGACUCGGUGAAGGUGAAGCCGUGGCUGGCGUAUCCCCAGUACAGCGCUCCCGAGAAGUUUCCUCCCCUCGUCCUGCACGAGCAGCUCUACUACCUGAACGGGCUGGAGCGCGCCGCCAGCGCCAUGGAGAUGAGCGCCAUCGCCGCCCGCAACGCCGCCCUGCUCGCCUUCCACCGCUGGCACGGCCACAGCGCCAGCGUCGACCAGGAGGACCUGCACGAGAAGCUCAAGACGGAGCUCUGACACCCCCAGGGCCUCAUUAGCACUGAUGAACGCUGUGCUCUGCGCCUCCUAGGUGUUUAGUAGGAUCUUGGGAUCUUUACGGCUGGAAGGUCUUUAAGAUCAUCAUGACCUUCAACAUUUUCAAGAACAUCAAUACCUUUGAGACCCUCAAGAUGUCUCUAAUGAACUCCAUACUUCAUCCAUCCAAGGUCAUGUUUCAUAGAAUCAUGAAUCCCUAAAUUUAGGAGGUCGUCGAGAUCUUCAAAAACAUCAAGACCUUCAAGAUGUCAUAAUUAACUCUGAUGAACUCCAUGCUUUGUUCAUCCAAGGAUGUGUUUCAUAGGAUCAUGGGGAUCCUUAAGAAGACCAUCAAGACCCUCAAGAACAUCAAGACCUUCAAGAUCAUCAAGAUGCUGUUAUUAACUCUAAUGAACUUCAUACUUCGUCUCUCCAAGGAGGUCUUUAAUUGGAGCACGGGAUCCUUAAGGUUGGAAGAUUUUCAAGACCCUCAAGAUCGUCAAGACCUUCAAGAUGCUGUAAUUAACAUUAAUGAACUCUGUGCUCGCCUCUCCAAGGAGGUGUUUGAUGGGAUCAUGGGAUCCUUAAGGUUGAAAGAGCAUCAAGAACAUCAAGACCAUCAAAACCUUUCAAGACUUUCAGGAUCUUCAAGACUCUCAAGGUCAUCAAGACCCUCAAGUCCAACCUUCAGCCCAACCGCGUUCACCAUUAGCGAUCUCCUCAAGCGCCGCGUCCUUGCGUUGUCUGGACACUUCCAAGGGUUGAUGACUCCAGCACAAGCUAGGCUGGACAACCCUUGCUUCCAUGACAGAAUUCUUCCCAGUGUCUCAUCCUGACGUCCCCCAGUGCCACCUCUGGAGGGAGCAGGAGCGGUGACACGUUCCCAAGUAAGCUGGGACAUUUUCCCCAAGCUCCGUGAUUUAUCAUCCCUGUCUGAGAUGGGGGAAUUCAUUCAAAGUGCCAGAUUGACCCCAAAAGUGCCCUCCAGCUGGGAAUAUCGACUCCCUGGCUGUCCAUCCCUCUGCCCCAACUCUUCCUGCCAAAGAAUAAUUCCUCAGGGUGGAAACUGGUGAGAAUGAGGUGGUGGGUGCUUCCAAAAUGGGUGGGAAAGAGGAAAAACCACCAAUAUCCAUCGCUGUGGUCAGGUGUGAAAGAGUAAAUAAAGAAUUUAAC